CAUGCUACCUUGCACGGGAAAGCGUAAAAGACGAAGCUUUUUUGGAGAUAACGAUUCACUGUUUUUGAAGAAGAAAAGGACGAUGACCGAAAGUCCUGAAGCCAGAACCGAAACCGUCGUCAUGGAGAAUCGAUUAAGCGAUGAUCCCGUAAGAAAGAAUGGAGCAGGUUUGAAUGGUACCGGAGGCGGUUUGAACGCGUCGAAUAUGUAUUUUCGAAUUUCACGCACUCUCUCAGACCUUCCCGCGGGUAACGGAACUUUACUAAAAUUUUCUAGUGUUUGCAAAAGAUGGCAGAUUCUUGUCUUAACACACAUCGCUGAUAGUCUUAUCUAG